GUGUCUUCCUCUCUCUCUCUCUCUACACCAUUUUCUUCUUUUUGUCUUUUCUUGCGAACAAACCAUUUGCUCUUCUCACCGGCAAAAGAUUGAAACACAAGUAAGCAAAUGCGGGUGAGAACUACUCCCGAAGAAGGAUAGAUGCCCAUGUCCGUACGCAGUUUGAUUCGAGAAUGAGUGUGUAGAACAAACAAUAGACAAGUCAGAGCAAGUGGCGGGUUGUGUUUGAGGAUUGAGCUCCAAGAACCCAUAUCGAGAAGAAGGAAAUUUUGUGAUUGUGAAGAAAUCUGCUAUCCUGAGUUCUAGCAAUUCAGUAGAUAAGGAGGUUGCAGUUGAUUGUUGGGUCUAAAAAUAGUAUCGGGUUAUGAAAUUCUCUGAUUAUAGAGAUGGGGUUUUCAUGUGAGUAAGCUUGAAUAAUUUCCCAAAGAUUCCAAUUAUCUUGGUUGCAAUGGGACUAACUACGGUUUGCCUGAUCUUAGAGUAAGAAUUGGCAUUGGGUUUUCAGUGUUAAACAAUGGUUGAAAUGGGGUAAGCUUCUGAAUCUGGGUCUAGAACAUUGAUAUCCAGUAUGGUAAGAAGUGGUUCUUUUUCUGAGGAGGAAAAUUUUCACCGGCAAGCGAGUUUUGGGGGUGGUGGAUCUAGGAAUACUAGUCCACUUGGUCGAAUGGGCUCGAGGAAUACAAGCCCUUCCAGGCAGAAGGUAAUUAAAACCAAACCACGGGGUUUAGAUGAAGAAACUGUGGCGACAUUUACUAAAUAUGUCCAACCGGAUAUUCAUAUGGAGGAUAAUAUAUGGGCCAUGUUGCCUGAGGAUUUGUUGAAUGAAAUCUUGGCAAGAGUUCCGCCAUUCAUGAUAUUUAGGCUCCGCUCUGUCUGCAAACGAUGGAAUUCAAUUUUGCAAGACAAUAGCUUUUUGAAGUUUCAUUCACAAGUGCCGUCCCAUGGACCGUGCCUUCUCACAUAUUGGAAAAAUUCACAGACUCCUCAAUGUUCUGUGUUUAGCUUGCCGCUGAAGCAGUGGUUUAGAAUUCCAUGCACGUUCCUACCACAGUGGGCUUUCUGGUUGGUAGGUUCUUCAAGGGGUCUGGUGUGUUUCUCGGGACUGGAUGGAUUAACAUUUAAAACAUUAGUUUGUAAUCCACUAACGCAAUCUUGGAGGACUUUGCCAAGUUUGCAUUAUAACCAGCAGAGACAAUUGAUCAUGGUGGUUGAUCGGAAGGAUCGGUCUUUUAAAGUUAUAGCCACUAGUGAUAUAUAUGGUGACAAGUCUUUGCCCACAGAAGUGUACGACUCGAAGGUCGACAAAUGGUCACUUCACCAAACUAUGCCUGCUGUAAAUCUCUGCUCCUCAAAAAUGGCAUUUUGCGACUCGAGGUUGUAUUUGGAAACUCUUUCACCACUUGGUUUAAUGAUGUACCGACUGGACACAGGGCAGUGGGAACACAUACCUGCAAAGUUCCCCCGCUCUCUGUUGGAUGGAUAUUUAAUAGCCGGGACCCAGAAACGCCUGUUUCUAGUCGGGAGAAUUGGCCUUUAUAGUACACUUCAAAGUAUGAAGAUUUGGGAGCUCGACCAUACGAAAUUCGUUUGGAUUGAGGUUAGCAGGAUGCCACCAAGAUAUUUUCGAGCCCUUUUAAGACUAUCAGCCGAAAGAUUUGAAUGCUUCGGACAGGAUAAUUUGAUAUGUUUCACUUCUUGGAACCAAGGGAAAGGCCUUCUAUAUGACGUGGAUAAGAAGGUGUGGUCUUGGAUUGCUGGAUGCGCUCUUCAAUCGUACAACAGCCAGGUCUGUUUCUAUGAGCCAAGAUUCGAUUCAAUGAUCUACUGAUCUAAGCCCUGAAUAUGUUAACAUAUUAUGAGAGAUUCAGAGCACUCAUCAGUAUCAUCUCUGGUUUCUUGCAACGGCUUCUCUACUAACAUGCAUCUCAUGUAGGUAAUUGAAGCCAACCUCUGGUGAUAUUGUAUUAUGUAAAGUAACCGGUCGUAAGAAAUUUAAAGCUUGGGAGUAUUGAUAGGUGAUGGUGUAUAUUAUAUCACAAUAUGAUAUGGCGGGGAACUUUUGGAAAGCGGAGAAUGCCUUUGAUCAUGAUCAUUACUAAAAUAGUUCUAGAGUUCCGGCGAAUACCUGCAAUGGAAGUGGGAGCUCCCAAUGUAAUUCCAUUAUGAGCCAUUUUUAUAGUUAUGCUAUGAAUCUUGUUGA